GAAGGAUUGAGCUAAGUAGAAAGUCACCAAGUCUCAACAGGCCAAGUGUUUCUUUGAAUCAGUCCAGCUAACUAAGCAACAUGUACGCGAAACUCGCUCUCAUUGCCCUCGUGGUCGCAGUUGUGGUGGCCGUACCUACUCCUGGAGGCGGCGGCGGACACAAACACGUGACCAUCCACGUACCAUACAAGAUCCACACCAUCCAUCAUCACCAUGUAUCCAAAGUGCCCUACCCGGUCCAUGUGCCGGUAGUGAAAGAGGUGCAGGUUAUCAAGGAGGUCCCUGUUAUCAAACAUGUGCCUGUGCCGGUUAUCCAGCACAUACCUGUGCCGGUGAUCAAGAAGGUGGAGGUGGAGAAGCAGGUGUUUGUGCCCGUCCAUCAUGAGGAAGAACAUCAUCAUGGGUGGGAGAGCGAGUCGCUGUCGCAUGGCUGGCAUUGAUUUAGAUUAUAAUCUUCUAGGUUAAGGUACUUUAUAAUUAGUUAAUAAAAUAUUAUUCAUUUAAAUCAAUGACCCAUCAAAUCUACCCAUUAAACUAUUCAAUUUGGAUACAUGUUUAUAACAAAGGUAUACGAGUAGGUAUGUUUUGUAAGUCCAAUUGACAAACUGUUUACUUAAAUAUCUGAGCCUAGUCAUAAGAAAAAUUUUAACAAAAUUUUCAUACAUCAGUUCAUGUUAGUGGUUUCAUCUUCUCAUUACAUAUAAGUGUUCAUUCUGUAAAUAUUUAAUAAAAAAAAUGUAUCAAAGUUACCGUUAAGAACCAAAGAAUGUAAUAAAGCCGUUAAAAAGUUA